GUGCAACAGCUGAUUCAUGAGGAAUACCAUGCCACUUGUCAAAGUAAUGUUUUCUUUUCACCCACCAACCGCCUCUUUCUGGAUAUAACCCAGCCAGACCCCCUACUUCUUACUGGAACCACCUGCAGUUGGUUAUUUGCUCUCCACCAUUGGUUUAUUUUCCCAGCCAUCAACUUUUUUUUUUUUUUUUUACACUCUCUUAAUUCCACAAGACAAUACCCACCGUUCGUUGACCGUCGGUGCGCGCCCCCGACGACACUGGCUCCCAGCUAGCCAGGUUUGUUCUGCACGCACACGCCACGACCCAAAAAAGAUAGCUUCGUUGCGCCGUUAGGCGCAGGUGUACCGGCGCGUUUUAGCCAAACAAAUUCAAAAAUUCGAGCGCCUCCGCUGUAACGCCGGCCUGGUCCUUCGACUUGACCGCCACGUCGUUGAGCAUCCGCAUUAGCUCCGUCUUCGUCCCCCCGGUUUUGCCUAUAAGCGCGCAACUUGCGCCAAUGCCGAUUACAACCUGUCUCGUCUUUUCAAUCUCGUCCAGUUUAGAUCAAGGCUUGACCUCUAUCCCGUCAUCGACGACGGUGCGUCUGCUGCCGACCUCUGGCUACUCCUGUGGCUCCCCUGAAACCGCAAAGGAACUUGUUUAGUGUCCUGCUUGAAACCAUGGUCGACGUGCAGACAGCUGCGCCUAUGGACAGCAUUGGGGCAAAGUUGACAGUGGCCAGCAGUCAAGCUCUGUCAAGGUCUCAGCACUCAAUGGCUAUAUCGUCCGACCUUGCAUCGCGACUUCGCUCACAGCUUGCUCUGGAAACAUUCUCACCAGUGAACCAAAAUGGAUGCUUUGACUUUGACCGGGUCAUCAAGUGUGGCUAUCUUCAAAAGCGGACCAAGACCAGGUCUUGGAAAACCGUCUACGUGGUCAUGAGACCAAAUACACUUUCGAUAUACAAAUCAGAUAAAGAAGACAAACUACGGAAUAAAAUAUACCUAUCCGACCUGACAGCCGUCACGCUCCUUAAGGAUCCAAAGCAGAAGCGCCACAACAUGUUUGGGCUUUUUUCACCCUCAAAAAACAUAUACUUCCAAGCUCCCUCGUCCAAGGAUGCCCAGGAUUGGGUUGAGGCGGUUCGUCAAGAUGCCCGGAUCGAGGAGGAGGAAGACGAGAUCUUUCUUGCAAGUCCUGUAGUCAGGCAAGAGUCAUACGGCAUUGUAUCUUCCACAGAGCAGGCAAAGACGAACGGGGCGUUGCUGGAGCGGGAGCGCAUGAUGGCAAGCUCGCCAGAGAUUCAGGAACGUGUCAUUGCCCGCAAUCCGGUAGGCCGUCAGUAUGAGCGCCGGGCCUCUCAUCUUGGCGAAUCUUCAGGAUUGUCGGGGAAUGAGUUGGCCUCCCACUCGGACCUUUCAGAUCUCGAUGUGCCCAGCCGCUACAUGGUCAAGUCGGCAGAGAGCGUUAAUCAGCAGUCUCCGUCCAGCCCGCUACAGGACCGUCCGAAUCUUGGCGGAAGGGUAGGGAGUAACUCUAGCGGCAUUGCUCCAGAAAAGGACCCAGAUCGCGUCAUGUGGCAAGGGCAGAUGUGGUUCUUGCGCUCCAAGGGUGGCCUGAGACAGUGGAAAAAGUCAUGGGCAGUUGUGCGACCCAGAAAUUUGAUCUUAUAUCGGGACUCGUCCGAAUACUCGCCACACCUCGUUCUGCCACUGUCUUCGAUCCUAAACGUGGUCGACCUAGACCCUAUCAGCAAGACAAAGAGGCACUGCCUGCAAAUCAUCACGGAAGAAAAACGCUUUCGUUUCUGUGCAGCCGAUGAGGAGAGCCUGCUGCAGUGCCUUGGGGCAUUCAAAAGCUUGUUGGCGAGGAGGCGCGAGUUGGAGGCAAGAGCCGCUGCUACCAUAUCUGUGCCCGAAAUAACGACGGAUUUGGCGACCCCCGACCGGGCUACACGACCGGAUAUCUACAGCACAUCACCACCAGCUUCGGCGACCACUACCACCACCACCUCAGUUUCUGUCAACCUUGCCGCUUGAGGGAAGACACGACACAAAUGGGAAAUGUCACCGGGCCUCGGUGUUUGUGAUGGAUUCCAAGAGCCAAAUGAUUGGUCUUGGUCACAAAGAAUACCCCGUCAAGCUUUGCGUGUAUACUUUUCUGCUUCCUGGCACAUACUGGGAGGCACUUAUAUUUUUGUUGGAAUGAUGUUGACGACUUAUGAAAGCGUGAGAGGAACGAGUUAUCCUAUUAAUUAAUAAAUUUGCCCUGUUAAUCCGAUUUGAAUUGGUCUUGGCGUUGAAAGUGCUGAAAAAGUUCCAACAGUUCGGAGCAUUGGGUUCGGAGGAAUUUUGAGAGACGUAACAAAUGCACACGCCCAUGGAAUGACAAAGGCAUCUGUCAUGAUUACGGCAGGAAUUUGAAUCUAAGAAAAGUCAUUUCUUUGCGGAAGAAAAACAAAACAACCAGAAUGAAUCAUGAAGCAUCGGAUAACUUGAC